GCGCUAUAUAAUGGAUCGUUUUGAAUGCUAUGCCGAGACCACUAACAAACUGUAAAAUUAUUUUGGCCAAAAUAGCCUACUGUUUAUACAAACAUGGAUGCUAAAUUGUACAGUCAUAAACUAUCAAAAUCCACAUUCAAGAACUGGAUUAAGGCUGGGUUGGGUGUUCUGUAUACUAAAGAAGGCAUUGAACCUUUUGUUUAUGAUGAAAUAGAACAGUUUCAGCAGAAAUGUUUGAGCGACAUAUGCAAUAACAAUGGACUUCCUGCCGGUACCACAUGUUCUAGUUGUUGUACGGAAAAUGUUGUUAUUUGUCCUACAGAUAGAAUUUGCAAUGUAGAGCGUGGGAAAUGCAGCUUCCAUAGAAAUACUGCUACGUGCUAUCUCCAGUGUGGUUGUCCUAAUAUGAUAUGUCAUUAUUUCAAAUGCGAGAUUCAUAAUGCUCAUCGAUUCUACAGUCCAUCCUUAAAAAACACUGAUGCCGCCCACUGGUGCAGCAAUCCAUGGGAGGUUGCUAAAUGUUUUAUGCCACCAGACGGUUACAAGGAUGCGACGAGAUCAGAAGAGACAGAUUUUUAUGGUAUCAACAGUGUUAUCAUCAACCUUAAAGCAUUUCAGUUAAAAGUUCAAGAUGACCUUAGCAAGAUAAACAAUAUCGUUGAAAAGGCUAGACAGGUAGGCAAAGCUGUUCUACAUUCCUCUUAUUUAGAGGUUGAAGAUGGAGAUCUACAACAGUACUUUAGCACCUUACGGAGUCUUUUGUCAGAUCCAAAAUAUUUGGCUGGUCAAACAUAUUCACGGAAUGCUGUAAAGAAAUUAUCGGAGCUUGAAGGCGAAACUUUAGUCAUUGCUAUACAAGAUAUCAAGAAACUGCUGGAUGAUGUUUUUAAUGCAGCUGAGGGCGAACUAAGGACUGAAAAGAAUGAAAACAAGAAGGAAGCUGGGAAACAGAAGUUAGAACUAAUCAGAAUCACGAUGAAGUCUAUAAAUGAUUUUGAAAAACAAGAAAAAAUGUCAAUAUCUGACCUAGAAAAAACAUUACAAUCUGCACUUGAUGAAGUAGAAAAACAAACAAAGGAAACAAUAAGAAAGAAAGAAUCAACAAAUAAGGAACACCAAAAUAAAGCUAAAGACCUAGAUACCAUUCCUUCAGAUGUUGAACUAGAUAAGAUUGCACAGGCAAUAGGACGCAAUUGGGAGUUACUUGGACCUCACCUUGGACUUGCUACAACGGUGAUAGACCGUAUAAAAAUGGACUAUCCUACUUCGUCAACACGGAUAUAUCGUAUGCUAUUCAUCUGGAGGCAAGAUAAAGGACAAAAAGGCACUAAACAAAAGCUGUUCACAGCUUUUGGAAAACAGCCGUCCGUAAAUAUUGACUGGAAUUCACUCGGACAAUCAUUUCCUGAUGAUCUAAAACACAAGCCAAGAGAUACACGUACAGAUAAAAAUCCUGGGUUGAAUGCAGAAGAACAAGCAUAUAAACGACGUAAAGAACUGACAGUGAUUUCUCAGAGUUUGAGUCGGACGAUGAUGUGCCUCUAGCGGAUUUGAUUCGUAAUUUUGAUGACAGUUCUGAUUCGGACGGUAGUGGAAGUGAAAGCGAAGACCAGAACAAUGACACUUGGUCAGUAAA